CAACCAUUGGCGAGAGUGGGUGCAUGCGGCAUUAUUUCCCGCUGACACCCUGGAAAGUGUGAGUGUAGCGUGGUGAGACUGGACAUGUCACACUGGUGAUUCACACUGGUGUCUCCGUGUCACGAUGUCCCGGUGCUGAGAGUGCCAGGGCCACCGGCAGUGCGUGGCCCCUUGAUUUAUCUCAAGCGUGAGUGAGUGUGCGUGAGAGUAAAAUCAGACUGUAACUCUGCACCACCACACUAUCGCCAUCAUGGGGCCGGAACACCUAGGAUCUGCCUCCUUCCUUCAUAUGGGGGACAUCGUUUCCCUGUAUGCUGAGGGCAGCGUAUCGGGAUUUAUCAGCACACUCGGGCUGGUCGACGCCCGAUGUGUUGUGAAUCCCAGUGCAGGAGAUCUCACGAAUCCACCCAAGAAAUUCAGAG